CUAUUAUCAAGCAUGACCGAUUUAAUUGGUGGAAAGUUUCGUAGUGUCGAGAUAGAAAUCUCUAGAUACAAUCAUUUGUGAGUGGUGGGCAUUUACUUGUUACUGGGAUUGUGAAUGGUUGGCUCCAUAAAUCAAUGGUGGCUAAUACGGUUCUUAUCCAUUUUCAUGAAUAGGACUCUGACUCCUUGCACGAGCACGCGCACAUAUAUAUCUCUAUAUCUAUACUGUUAUGUGCACAUAAAGUUUGCAUGACGAGUGCUGUUUCUUGCCUCCAUGUUACCUGAAUAACUUCCGAAGUCAACGACAGCCAUUGUACACUUAAUUUCGCCCUUCCUACGAGGAGCUUGGUGAAAAUCAUCUCUAUAUUCGAUAAAGAAACUUUUACAUGGGGCUUUUGGAUCUCUUGAUUGCUUCAUCGAUUCCUGUCUUGAAAGUGCUUUUGAUAACAGCAAUUGGAUCAUAUCUUGCUCUUGAUCAUGUUGAUGUGUUGGGAGAAGAUGCUAGAAAGCAUGUAAAUAAUGUUGUAUUUUAUGUUUUCAAUCCAGCCCUUGUGUCCUCCAACCUUGCUGAAACUAUUACAUAUGACAGCAUGAAGAAGAUGUGGUUCAUGCCAUUCAAUAUUCUCAUCACAUUUGUCAUUGGUUCCUUGCUUGGCUGGUUUGUUGUCCAAUUCACCAGACCUCCCUCACACCUGCAUGGCCUCAUCGUGGGUUGCUGUGCCGCAGGGAAUUUGGGGAAUAUGUUUCUUAUCAUGAUCCCAGCAAUUUGUAAAGAAAAAGGAAGCCCCUUUGGAUCUCCAGAUAUCUGCGAGACAUUUGGAUUGGGUUAUGUUUCACUUUCAAUGGCGAUUGGAGCUGUUUAUCUAUGGUCCUAUGUGUUUAAUAUUGUGCGGGCAUCUUCAUUUCCGAGCGUUAAGCAAUUCGAUAAGAUCCAUGUGGAUGAAUCUUCAAUAGAAACACCCAAAUCUGAGCUGGGGAGUUGCAAGGAACCACUACUAGCUUCUGAGAACCAGGCGGAUCGAUAUGCACUGCGCAGCUCAGCAUCUGAUGAGAUGGUGGUUCGCAGCGGAUUGAAGCAAAAGAUCGUGGUGGUCUUCGGAAAUAUCAAUUGGAAGUCUCUGUUUGCUCCUUCUACAAUUGGAGCGAUUGUUGGGUUUGUAAUUGGAGUCAUCCCAAAGACCCGGAAAUUAAUGGUUGGCAAUGAUGCUCCUCUUCGCGUGAUUCAAGACUCUGCUUCCUUGUUGGGAGAUGGAGCCAUCCCAACCCUCAACCUGAUAAUGGGGGCUAACCUUUUGAAAGGCUUACGAGGGUCAGGAAUUCAGAAAUCUGUAAUUUUUGGCAUCAUAGUUGCCCGUUAUAUUGCCCUGCCCCUAAUUGGCAUUUUCAUCGUUAGAGGAGCACUCCGGUUCGGUUUUAUUCCUCAAGAUCCUCUGUAUCAGUUUAUUCUUCUGCUUCAAUUUGCAGUACCGCCUGCAAUGAACAUGGGUACCAUCACCCAACUGUUUGGAGCGGGAGAGACUGAAUGUUCUGUUAUCAUACUCUGGGCUUAUGCCUUGGCUUCAAUUUCACUCACUCUUUGGUCAACCUUCUUUAUGUGGCUGGUGGCUUGAUUGCCCUAACAUAAGGCGUCAUAUCUUGUAGGAAAGAUAACUAUACUUUGUAGGUUACCGUCUUACAUACUGAUACAUAAAUGCACAGGUUUACUUGUAAUGGAAAUGCUACUUACAAGUUGAUCAAGAGAACAUUGUUUUUGAA